UAUGUGUAAGCAGAGAUGCGGCACAGAGCAGGAUUUCUCCUUUAUGAAGAAGUCAUACUAAGAUGCCCUGACCUUCCUGGGAAUUCUUCUUUUUCUCCUUCCUCCCGCCCACGCCCAUUAGUCCUUGCCCCGUUGAACCCGUAUAUAAGACGCUCCGAUGGCCACCACGCCCAGACAGCCGCCAUCUCUCGCUGGAUCACCAUGAAUGCUCUGACAGUACUCUCCUUUGCGGCCGUAGCUGCAUGCGGCAGUGCCCUGAUCUUAGGGCACCCAGGAAUCUACGGUACUUACGCAGGUCUCCUGCCCCAGGCUUACACAGGAGUCCUUCCUGCGGCUGCGCCUGUGGCUGUGGCACCUGCACCCGUGACCUACAAUGUGGCUCCUGUAGCUUAUAAUGCCAUCCCUUACGCCCCCAUCCAGUCCCAGUACCAUGCCCAGGACGAGCUCGGCCAGUACUCCUUCGGCUACGCCGGUGGUCCCUCUGCCCGCUCUGAGACCCGCGAUGCCUUCGGGGUCGUCAGAGGAUCCUACAACUAUGUUGAUUCCGAAGGGAAGGUCCAGACCCAGCACUAUGUAGCCGAUGCCCUCGGCUUCCGCGUCGCUGGCACCAAUAUUCCUGUUGGUCCCGAUGCCCCAAAAGCCGCUCCAGGACCUUUGCCUGAACCCGUCCAGGAUACCCCAGAGGUCUCUGCCGCUAAGGCUGCCUUCAAGGUUGCUUACGACGAGGCCGCUGCCGCAGCUGCUGCCGCUCCCGACGCUCGCAAAUAGACAGUCUGAUUGUUUGUCUAUUUGCUUUGCUUGAUCGUGGUUGACGCUGUCUCCUUUCUGUGGCUCAGGCGACGUAGAGCACCUUAACAACAGGCGAUUCAGUAGCAUCUUCCACGUUAGAAGAAAGUUGUUGAAUUCUUGUGUUUCUGUGUUGACGCGCCUCCCUCCACUUUGUGUACAUAAUGUAGAGAGUUAUUCGUGAAUUUUGUGAUCAUAUGGCCAUUGCAUUAUAUUUUCUGAAAUAAAUUAUAUGUCUGUAAAUUGUG